GCCUUAGAUUAAUUAUAAAAAUAGAAUAACAACUUUAUUUGUGUUUGACGCUGAAAUUAGAUUGGGUUAAGGUAAAGUUGGAUUUCAAAGUAAUCUCCCUUCAUCCAAUUCGAAUUCCAAACCGUAGUUAAUUUUCCAAAAGAAACAAAGGUAACCGCGUAGGGGAGAGCGCCUGGCUUUGAGCAGAAUGUGAUCAACAAAUAAAAGGGCAGAAGAUUCAAACUUUCUUCCGAACCAAACACCACAAUAUUUCUUCGAAACUCCAAAUGGACGACAAUGAUCCGUGGUUAGCCCCAGACAAGCUUCACCAUGUUCUCUUCUGCUUCUCUUUCACCCUCGUCUUCUCCACAUUAGCCGCCCGAACCCGGUAUCCGUUUCUACGUCGUCACUCUAUUCGGGUCGGAUCCAUUCUCUCUCUCUUAGCCGGCGCAGCCAAGGAGUUCGCGGACGAGCUCGGGUUCUUCAGGUCCGCCGGAGCCUCCGCUAAAGACGCCGCCGCCGAUAUCCUCGGCGUCCUGAUCGGUUCCCUUGUGCUAUAUUUGAUUAAGUACACGACUCGACCCGAGAAUGAGACGGGUCGGAUCAAAGAGGAUUCGAUGGUCUGAUCGGGCUUUUGGGUCAGUAUGGUUAAUGGGGUUGUUUUUGAGGAAUAUUG